AUGAGGAGCUUUACCUUCCUCUCGUGCCUAGCGGCCAUGCUAUGCGUUACAGCGUCGGCUGCCAUUGUCGAUGCUCGCAGUCAAGUCAACAUGGGCGUCGGUGCUCAAACAAACGGUCCAUGGGCUGUCCCUCGACCAGGCAGCUACAUCGAGACGAAAGAGGCCAUCGUCGACGUAGCGGCUGCUGACCUUCUAUCGGAAGCUCAGGCACAGCUGGAUGCUUCUCUCGCUUCCUCAUCGGGAAUUGGCGGACCUGCUCGUCUCGAGCUGCCGCUAGACGCCAUCUCUGCUGCUGCCUUUGGCUCUUCCGACGUUGAAAAGAUCAUCGUCUCGCAAAAGGGUGACUUCACCGUCCUCUCCCACCGCGACUUCCCUGCCGUCUCGGUUCGAAUCAAGCAGCUCUACUCGCCCCCACCUGCAUCCGAGCUCAAAGGACACGAUGUCGACCCCGACGCCUUCUGCGACCCCACCGUCACCUCGUGGUCCGGCUACAUCGACACCGUCUUUGGAGGCAAGAGCCUGUGGUUCUACUUCUUUGAGUCGCGCUCCAACCCUUCCAAGGACCCUGUCAUCCUCUGGACCAACGGCGGUCCCGGCUGCUCUUCCUCCCUUGGUCUCUUCAUGGAGCUCGGCCCGUGCCGCGUUCCCGAGAACGGCGGCAAGCCCAGCCCCGGCCCUCCCAUCAACGGCACCAAGUGGCAUCCUCAAUCCUGGACCAAUCGCGCCAACGUCUUUUUCAUCGACCAACCCGUUGGCGUGGGCUACUCCUACUCCAAAACCGACCAGAAGGUCUACACCACCGAAGAGGCCGCCAAGGACGUCUACGCCUUCCUGCGCGUCUUCUUCUCCGCCUUCGACCGUUUCAAGACCAACGACUUUUACAUGGCCGGCGAAUCGUACGGUGGUCGAUACAUCCCCAUUUUUGCGUCCGAAGUGGCGGAUCGCAAUCACGAGGUCGAGCGCAAAGCUCUCAAGUCAGGCAAGAAGGUCGACCGCGAUCAGCUGAUCAACCUCAAAGGCGUCAUGAUCGGCAACGGUCUCACGGAUGUCAGCAAGCAAAUCUCGGGCUAUUACGACAUGACCUGCACGCGUCGUGGUGGUGUCGAGCCGAUCUUGAACAUCGAAACCUGCAAACGCAUGCACACGUACGUGCCCAAAUGCCGCACCAAGCUCGCCGAGCACUGCGUCGACUCGUUCAACCCGGACCUUUGCGAUCUGUGGAUGAGCAAAUGCUCGGAAGAGAUCGAAGCGCCCUACUUCUACACCGGCCAGAACCCGUACAACAUCAAGGACGACUGCAAGUCCGGUCUCGAGCCCAACCUCUGUUACGAUGUGACGGAUGAUAUUCGCAAGUACCUCGACAGGGAUGAUGUGCGCGAUCUCGUCGGUGCCGCGCCCAAAGAUCAGAUUGGAAAGUUUGCCAGCUGCAACAUGAACAUCAAUGCCGGGUUCAGCAGGAUGUUGGAUUCAGCCCACGAUAAUGGGUUCAACGUCGCCGGUCUGCUCGAGAGGGGCAUCAAGGCGCUGGUGUACGUGGGAACGCUCGAUUGGAUCUGCAACUUCAACGGAAACUACGAGUGGGUCAAGACGCUCGAUUGGAGCGGAAGCGAGACUUGGAAGGACGCCAAGAACUACGAAUGGGUGGUCGACGGCGAAAAGGCGGGCCGCACGCAAAGCGGAGGCGGUCUCACCUGGGCCACCGUCUACGAAGCGGGGCACAUGGUACCGUACGACCAGCCCGACGCUGCUCUCGCCAUGCUCAAUCGCUGGUUGGACGGCCAACAACUUUGA